AGUUUUGAGAUAGUAUCAAAUUUGAAGGUCAAUUUUUUCAAAAAGAAAUUGCAUGGUAUCAAUAUUGAGGUCAUGCAUCUCCAUGUUGCAAAAUACCUCAUUUCUAGCUGGCGGAUGCACAGAUAGUAUUGCUAGAGUUGCUCUAAGAGUUGAGGUUUGCACUACACUUAUAAAGGCUAUCAUUACCAUAUCUCUAGCCAAUAUGAGACUUUUAACACACUCUCUCACGUUCAGAACUGAACAUGCUGAAACAUGGAAUCAACAACAACGAGUGGCCCAAAUAUGGGAGGUCUACACAACAAACAACAAAUGGAUCUAGGAUAGUCUCUGAUACCAUAUUAGAAUUUGUGAGACCUAUACUCAACCACAAAAGCUAGCUUGAGUGUUGAGGUUUGCACUACACUUAUAAAGACCAUCUUUACCAUAUCUCUAGCCAAUGUGCGACUUCUAACGAUACAACUCAAAAAGAUUUUAGUGCCAAUCUAUUUUUGAAGACAAACAAACAAAUGCUUGCAGCAGCAUAUAUGAAAAAUUAAUGAUACAACUAAAAAAUGUUGAAAAAUGGGGCAUUCCGAGAAUUGAACUCGGGACCUCUCGCACCCUAAGCGAGAAUCAUACCACUAGACCAAAUGCCCUUGAUGUUUAUACAUUUCAAAUCAAGCAAAAUCAAUAAACAAGAUAUAAAACCCGUCUUAGAUUCACAAUCACAAUAUCAUCUUCUAACACAGUUCGUGUAACUCAGAUUCAUGGCAUGGUAACAACGGCACCGCUUAUCCACAAGCGCUUCUUCAGUGAUGAAAUCAAUUCUCCCGAAUGCUGAUUGCUGUUUUUGAUGUCAACACACUUUCAACUUAGCCAUAGUUUGCGGGAAGAAUCAAAUUGAAAUCAAGUGGUGUGCUUAAUUAAAUGGGCGACAAAGAGGGGCUUGACAAAUCGAGGAGAGUUGUUUUUGUUACUGUAGGGACAACUUCUUUUGAUGCUCUUGUGAAAGCUGUAGAUUCUGAAAAUGUUAAGAAAGAGUUGCUUGUGAAAGGGUAUACCCAUCUUCUUAUCCAAAUGGGUCGUGGAUCUUAUGUUCCUACCAAGUCUGAAGGAGAAGGUUCAUUGGUUGUAGACUACUUCACUUUUUCUUCCAGUAUUGCAGACCAUCUAAGAUCUGCUUCUCUUGUCAUUAGCCAUGCAGGGUCAGGUAGCAUAUUUGAGACAUUGCGGCUACGCAAACCUUUAAUUGUGGUUGUAAAUGAAGAUUUGAUGGAUAAUCAUCAAAGUGAACUUGCAGAUGAACUUGCCAACAGAAAACAUUUGUAUUGUGCUAGUCCUCAAACACUCCAUCAAACUAUAUCAGAUAUGGAUUUAAAUUCUCUUCUUCCUUACACCCCAGGUGAUGCUACACCAGUGGCCAAUCAUAUAAACAGAUUCCUUGGUUUUCCUGAUGAUUGAUCCCAAGGCUUUUCUUUUUCUGGUUAAAAGUAUUGGUGACGGAUAAUAAUCUCUAUUUGGGUUAAAGUAUGUGCUUAAUGAUAUUUUUAUUUAUUUAA